AUGUCGUCGAUCAAUCUAUCCUCAAGACCGAAACAACCUUACGUCUCUGUCUCGUGCCCGUACACAACAUGUCGAGCCUCCAUCGAAUACCUUCCCCCAGCCAACGCCGACCUCGCUGCGCUACCUUCCCACGAGACGUCGUUCACCGUCACAUGCUGUAGCUGCAACAAGCAGUUUGAGCCUCCAGGAGCAACAAAGAUGGUGCGUGAAGCACGCAAGUCUGGUGGCAAGGACGUUGCACGCAAACGACGCAUAGGCACCGAUGACAACCCGCUCGACAUGACGUAUUACGACAUCCUCGGCGUGCCCGCCAGUGCAACGAUCGAAGAGAUCAAGAAAGCGUAUCGAAAGCUCGCCAUCAAGCUUCAUCCGGACAAGAACCCGAAUGACCCGGAGGUGGAGGAAAAGUUCAAGGAGCUCGCGACGGCGUACCAUGUACUGUCGGAUGCCGAGCUGAGACACAAGUACAACGAGUUUGGCGCGAGCACGCCUGGUUUGACGCCCGAAGACGGUUUUGUUGAUCCGGAAGAGGUAUUUGGGUCGCUCUUCGGCGGUGAGCGCUUCGCCGACAUCAUUGGAACCAUUUCGAUCGGCAAGGACAUGAAGGAGGCGCUGCAGCAGGACUCGGACGACUUGGAGCGCCAGGCCAACGGCGACGACUCCGCUGCUGCCACUGGUGAAGCGGGUGCCGACGGCUCUGUCUCCUCGUCUUCCAAGCCCGCCCUCACGCCAGAGCAGAAAGCAGCCAAGGAGGAAAAAGAACGCAAACAGACUGCCGAGCGCGAAAAGCAGCGUCAAGAGCGAGUUGCCAAACUCGUCGAGAAGCUCAUUCGCAAACUCAGCAUCUACACCGAAAGCGUACGCAACGCCAACGACCCCGUGCUCGAAAAGGAAGUCGAAAAGAGUUUCCGCGAGAUCACACGCCUCGAGGCCGAGGAGCUCAAGAACGAGUCGUACGGCGUCGAACUGCUCAACGCCGUCGGCUUUGUUUACUCGGCCAAGAGCAAGCACUAUCUAGCCAGCACCGGCUUCCUGGGCUCGUUCGGAGGCGUCUUUCACUCGGCUGCUUCGAGCAUCCACGUGGUGCGUGAGACCGUGUCGACGGUUCGUGCCGCGCUCGAGUUGAAGAACGUCUUUGAGGAGCUGGCCAAGGCAGAGGAGGCCGGGAUCACCGUCGAGCGCAAGAGGGAGCUGGAGGAGCAGGCGGCGGAGAAGGGAAUGCGCGCGUUGUUCAAGGGCGCCAAGCUUGAGGUUGAGAGCGUCAUUAGGGAGGUGAGCGAGGCCGUGCUGUACGACUCCAGUAUUGGCAAGGAGACGCAGCGUCUGAGGGCGCAGGCCUUGGGCAUCGUCGGUGAGAUCUAUAUGGGUGUUAAGAAAGAUAAGGAGGAUGCGACUGGGGCGGGCGCAGCGGAAGGUAACGACGACUAUGUCAAGGUGGAGACCAAGGCGUCAAAGGACAGAGAUUCAAAGUCGCAACAGCAGCAGAAUGCUCAGCAGCAUGCUCAGCAGAAGUCGCCGCCACAACCAUGGUGA